AAGAUAUAUAAGAAAAGCAUUCAUAACCUGCUUGCAUUAUCUCCUCCCCAGUUUUUUUGUCAGCAGUCUCCAGUUCUUUCAGACGUUGUUCUGCAUUGAUUUCCAGACUAAAGUUUGCAGCUAUGCCUUCUCCUGGUUUGCAAACAACUUCUGAUUCUAUCCGAAGUCAUGAUGCAGAUCAUGGAAAGUAUGCUGAUGUGAACUGGGAUGAACUUGAAUUUGGAGUAGUUCCAACUGAUUACAUGUACACCAUGAAGUGUUCCAAAGGAGAUGAGUUUUCACAAGGCCAUCUAACUCCCUAUGGAAACAUUGAGCUCAGCCCAUCUGCUGGUGUUUUGAAUUACGGACAGGGAUUAUUCGAAGGCCUUAAGGCUAACAGGACAGAAGAUGGUCGGUUUCUGCUGUUUCGGCCUGAAGAGAAUGCUCUAAGAAUGAAGAUGGGUGCAGAGAGAAUGUGCAUGCCAUCUCCAUCUCCUCAGCAAUUCCUUGAUGCUGUAAAGCGAACAGUCCUUGCCAAUAAGCGUUGGGUACCCCCUACUGGGAAAGGAACACUGUAUCUUAGGCCGUUGCUCAUGGGAAGUGGAUCUGUUCUUGGCGUGGGGCCAGCGCCAGAAUACACAUUCCUAAUAUUUGCUUCUCCUGUAGGUAGUUAUCACAAGGGCCGGGCAGCACUCAACUUGUACGUUGAGGAUAAACUCCAUCGAGCUACUCCCGGUGGAACUGGAGGUGUCAAAUCCAUCACCAACUACUCACCUGUUUACCUAGCACAAAAGCAAGCAAGGGCCAAAGGGUUCUCUGAUGUCUUGUUCCUGGAUUCUUUAACUGGAAAAUACAUUGAGGAGAUUACAGCAUGUAAUAUUUUCAUUCUGAAGGGUAAUGUAAUUUCAACUCCAACAAUAGAUGGAACUGUUCUGCCUGGAAUUACUCGUAAAAGCAUCAUCAACAUUGCCCGUGAUUUUGGCUACCAGGUGGAGGAACGUGUAAUCCCCGUGGAGGAUUUGCUUGAAGCUGACGAAGCUUUCUGCACAGGAACUGCUGUGGUUGUGACUCCAAUUGGUGCUGUAACUUAUCAAGAUAAACGGGUUGAAUACAAGACAGGAAAAGGAGCACUAUCUCAGAAACUGUAUGAAGUGAUAACCGGAAUUCAAACAGGUCGUCUGGAAGACAAGAAGGGAUGGACCAUGGAGAUCAAUUGAGAA